GAACCGCGCUCUUGUCAUUAGUUCUAUUGGAGUGCUCUAGGGAACAAGUGAAUCCUGCAGCUGCAAACGCCAACGAAUUAGUCGAUUUCUAUUGUGAUCGAUUAGCUGACGCGCCGAGUGUACCGCAGCUUUUGAAAGGUCUUGUUUCACUACAACAGUUUCAAACUUUUUCAAGUGAGAAUGCAAUCAAAAUAUCCAAAGCGAUUUUUGAGUCAGUAAAGGUUCAAAGCUUGCAGCAAACAGAUCGUUAUAUUGUAUUCCAAAUUUUUGAUGGAUUAUUGAAACGGCAGUUGAACGCUUUAAAACAGAUGGGAUCAAAUUUCGUGUUUGGAUUUGUUCAAGUAAUGGAUGGAGAAAAAGAUCCCCGUAAUCUUCUACUGGUUUUCUCACUGGUCAAAUAUAUAAUUACGAAUUUCGAUAUAAGUGAACACGUUGAAGAUUUUUUUGAGGUUACUUUUUGUUACUUUCCAAUAACUUUCAAACCACCUCCUGAUGAUGUUUAUGGUAUCACAGCUGAUGAUCUUAAAGUUGGAUUAAGGGAAUGUUUUUCUGCCACACCACAUUUUGCAAAUCAAGCAAUGCCACUAUUAUUAGAGAAACUCGCAUCUAGUUCCGGUAAUGCGAAGAAAGAUUCCAUGGAGACAUUAGCAGCAUGUGCACCAGUAUAUGGAGCUAAUGCCCUAACCCCAUACUUGGAAGAUCUUUGGGAUGGUCUAAAGAUUGAAAUCUUUCAUUCGACGGACGAUUCCUUAGAAUCAUAUGCACUCGAUGCUCUUCGUAGCAUUGUAUCAGCACUAUCAUCUCAAAUAGUGGCACAAUCCGACCCACUCGAACGAUUCUUACAACCUAUAAUCAAAGAAUGCUUGGAGAAUUUAAAAGAGCCGGAAUUAAAAUUGGCUAAACAUGGUGGUCGUAUUUUGAAAUAUUGCGCCAUGGCUUCAGAUCCUGCGUGUAAUGCUCUUAUGAGUUUUAGCAUGCGCAUUUUAUUAGAGCAGUAUAGAAAAAGUGAACUAAUCACCCAAAAGAAAGCAAUAUUGGAGGUUUUUAUGCAGUUUCUUGAGGCAAGUCGAACAUUAUAUGGCUCGAUUGAUGAUGUUAUAAUGGGAGAUCAAGUUGAUCAAGACUUUGUUACUCCUCUUCUGGCCUUCAAAGAUGAACUCUUUGAGAUCUUCAGCGGAUCACUAAUCACGACUAAUGAAUAUAGCGAAUUACGAUUAAUCAGUCUAAUAGGAUUAUAUUCAAUGAUUCUAAUAAGACAAUUCCUAUCUGACAACGAAACAGGAAUUGUUUUGCAAUAUUUCAAUCGAGUGAUUUUGACAGAAUAUGACCAAGAGAUAAUAAGUCGUUGCUACUUCAGAUCCGAAGCAUUGAAUGCUUUGGCAAAUAUUGCGCAUUAUAAGCCCAAUGUCGUACUGGAAAUCUCCCUUCCUACCUUCAUCGCUCAUCUUCCAGAUGAUGCUGACAGUCUGCAAAAGAACACUAUGACGAUGGCGUCUAAUAAAAAGUUUGCCACCUACAAUACAGCAUUAGAUGCUCUUGCUAAAUUCGCGAUUGAGCCAUUGCUGUUUCAAGUGUUUGUUGAUGCGGUCAUAAAGAAAUUGAAUAAUAUACGUUCGGAAACUGGUGUUGUUUCCGAGUAUCUGCAAGCCUUGCUUUCUGCUCUUUAUAAUAUUUUGCUUAAAAAAGCUGAUCUCAAGCAUUCGGAUCUUGCGCGAUAUGUGGAUAUAUUAUUAUCACGCUUAUUUGCAUUCUCGGUCGGUCCUACUCUAAACAACGAUGAUCAAUCAAUGGACAAUGUAUUUUUAGACCUGAAGAUUUUGGAGAGAGUUGCAGCGAUAAUAUCAAUAAUAACAAGAAAUUUAGACAUUGAGGAACAAUCCAAUUUUACUUCAAAAAUGUGUAAACUUUUUAUAGAGGGUGAUAUUUCAUUUCUGGCAUUUUCAGAAGAGGAAAAACAAACUUAUAUUGGUAGCUUCAAACCCCUUUCGACAGCAUCAAAUUCCUUUCAGCAGAAUUUGUUGAUAUUAUUUGCAGCUGCAGUUGGAUCUAUCCGACCAGAAGUUCCAAUUCCUGUUGAGAAUAUUUCAAAAUUUUUGUCGGAUAUUGGUGCGAUUUCAUUAUCAACUUCUAAUGGAAUUCAACGUAAUGCGUUACUUAAGCUUGCCGCUUCCAUCUUAAAUAAAUGGAAACAAGACGACGAAUUAAAGGAAUUUGUCCAAUCAAAAAUACUCGUCGAAUUGAAAAACCAUCUCAUUGUUAAUGGGCAAGUAGAUCAAGAAUUAAGACGCGUCGCAUUGUCACAUUUUCUAUGGUUUACAAAAGCUCUAUUGUUGCGGGUAGAGGAAGUUGGUUAUGAAUGUACCGGAAUAAUAUUAAACCUAUUUAAUGACAAUUCACUUGGGCGACAAGCGUCAGAAGGGUUUGAUAUACUCGUAGGAGAAGAUGAUUUUUUGAGUAGGAAAAAUUUGAAGCAUAAUUACUUGAUUGGACUGUCACAUUUACUGCGGAAUGUUCCAAAGCAACUUUGGUUAAAUGAAUUACCACCUCUUUUUCCUCUCUUAAUACAUUCGCUUUCUCUGCCAGAUCCGCAACUCAAAACAUCAACAAUCGAUACAUUUUACAUGAUAGCGAAUGAUGCAUCGCAUAUAAUAUCUGAACACGUGACAACUUUAGUGCCCUUGCUUCUUUCCUUAUCUCAGAUGAAUGAAGCCAAUACUAUGCAUGUUCGAAUAUCAGCUUUACGAUGUCUUGGAGUUCUACCCGACACUGUCCGAUUCGAUGUACUUUACCCGUACAAGAAUCAGGUAGUUCGGGAAUUAGUCAAAGUGUUGGAUGAUAGGAAACGAUUGGUUCGGAAAGAAGCGGUAGAUUGUCGAAAUAAAUGUAAACUCGUUGCCGUCAUCACAGCAGCAGCAGAUACGGGAAUACUCUCUGGCGUCGUCGCCGUCACCACCACAGCAGUAGAAACAAAAAACGCCGUCGUUGUCACACCACAACCAUUAACGAUUAAUGAUGACGAUAUUGAUCCGUCAUUAUUCUCUCCUCCGAUUAAAUACUAUCUGAUGAUGUCAAUUCCAAUGCCAACUAAAUACUCUUCGACAUUGUCGACUCCGCAGCAGCAGCAAACUGUUGUCUCGAUGCCGCAGUCAUCAUCGUCAUCAUCACAACCUCUACAGCAACAACAAAAGUAA